UUGGGCAUACAGUGUGUUAAGAAGAAGGAUAUUGAAGCGGCGCUUAAGGCACGCGAGGACAUACGCGUUGAUCCGUUCAAAACUGGCUUCGCACAUCGCUUCCAGCCGGGCGCCAUAAAUCUGAAUGCGGUGCGUUUGUGCUUCCAGGUGUUCAUUGAGGGCGAAAAGGGACGCUUUACAGUGCCACUAAAGCCUGUGGUGUCCGAGCCUAUCUACGACAAGAAAUCCAAGUUGGAUCUCGUCAUACAUCAAGUUUGCAGUUCGGCGACAGUUUUGGGUAAUACGCAAAUUAUGUUGCUCUGUGAGAAGGUUGCCAAAGAAGACAUUGCGGUGCGAUUUUUUGAAGAGCGAAAUGGUGUCACUGUUUGGCAAGCGUACGGCGAGUUUCAUCCCUCCGAUGUGCAUAAACAAACUUCGAUACGGCUUAAGACACCGCGCUACCGCAAUGUCGACAUAACAGAACCAGUCAAGCUGUUUGUACAGCUGAAAAGGCCUUCAGAUGGCGCUGUAAGUGAGCCGUGGGUAUUCAAAUAUGAACCGGUCGAUUCGAAUCCAGUGAUACUCAGGCGCAAGUGCCAACGGAUUGGUCUACGCCCAAUCGAACAACAACCACAACAACAGCAAAAGCAGGCAGGCGAUGCACGCUUGACGAAUUGGAAUAUACCAAACUUGCCAGAGAUUAAGGCGGAUAUCAAAGAAGACCCAUCACCAAUCAUUAAUCGCGCGGCUGCCGAGUUGACACCAUCGCCAGAACCGUUGUCGCCCGUGUUGAAUAACCUAAAUCAAUCAAAUUUACCCGCAGCCUACAAACCGAUUUUUCCGCCUGUUCCAAAUCAAUAUCAGCGCACUGCAGUUGCUGGUGGCGGCGGAGGUGCUUGCGAUCCAUCAAAUGCACAGCUCACUCCCAUCACAGUUGAGAAGCAUAAUGAGAAUGGCGCCUAUGGAGGCAGCCAACAGCAACAGCAGCUGCGUCCACCAGCGCCAAAUUACGCAACGCAUCCUCUGCGUCAACAGCAAACGCUUCCAGAGCAGCCACCUAAGAAUCUGCUCAACAAUCCCAAUGUGGGCGUUUGGGAGGAGCAAUUUGCCAAUGUGUUGGCCUUUGCCGCCGCAGCAAUGAGUAAUUUCAAUGGCGGCAGCAAUCAGUUUAACAUGCAGAAUUUAUUGGCCGCCACAGCGCCAAGUGCAAUGCAGCAUUCGCAAUGGAAUUUGCCCUUCAAUCAUAUGGCACAGCGAACCCAAAACUAUCAGCAACAUUUGCAAUUGCAACAACCGCAACAACAACCACAUCAGCCAUUGCAAUCAUCUUUCGCACAGCAACCAAACGCUGGUGAUGAUGUCACAAUGAUGGCCGCAGCCGAUGUGAAUAAUGCUGGUGCCGUUGGCGGUGGCGGAGGUGUUGGUAGUUGUGAGCGUGGCGCAACGAUAAGUAAUCUGUUGAACUUGGAUAGCGAUCAGCUGGUGCGCGUCAACCAGGAGGAGCAGCAAAUGUUUCGAUUUACCAACGAGGAGCUGCAGCUCUCCAAUCUUACCAUAUCGGUGUAG